AUGGAGCAACACACAGCGGUCGCCGAGCAUGGCGCACAGGUCAAGGUGACCUUCACAACCACCGAGGAGGACAUCCAGCUCCCCGAGGGCAAGCGACAGCUCCUCGUCCCCGCCGACAUCCGCCGCUACGGCCUGUCGCGCAUUCUCAACUCCGAGUCCAUGCUCGACACGGCGUCGAUCCCCUUCGAUUUCCUCGUCAACGGCAGCUUUCUGCACACGAGCCUCGAGGACUACCUCAAGGCUAACGGCCUGUCCAUCGAGUCCAGCAUCACCCUGCAAUAUGUCCGCAGUCUGACCCCCCCCAUUUACGAGGCUAGCUUUGAGCACGAUGACUGGGUUAGCGCAGUCGACGUGCUGUCGGCCACCUCGGCCGCCGGCCGCUGGUCGGGCGACUCUUUCCAGCGCGGCCAGGACCGCAUCCUCUCCGCCUCGUACGAUGGUCUUCUCAGGAUAUGGAGCACCUCGGGCCACGUCAUUGCGACGUCGCCCUCGGGCAGCCACGGCGGCCACACGGCCAGCAUCAAGGCCGCCAAGUUCCUGUCGAGCACCCAGAUCGCCUCGGCGGGCAUGGACCGGACGGUGCGCGUGUGGAAGUACUCGGAGCACAGCAGCGCCGCCGGCGACCACGUGUCGGGCGACCUGAAGCCGACGCUCGAGCUGUACGGACACGCCGGGUCCAUCGACUCGCUCGAGGUGGACGGGCAGUCGAAGCGCAUGCUCACGGCGUCGGCCGACGGCGCAGUCGGCUUCUGGAGCACGUCCAAGACGACGGCGCCCGAGCCCAACGCAACGCUGCUGCCCGGCGCCCACACGUCUAAGCGGCGCAAGGUUUCGUCGUCGGUGACGACUGCGCUGCGCGGCCCGCUGGCCAUGAUGAACAUCCACAGCGCGCCGGCGUCGGCGGCCGUCUUUGACCCGCGCGACCGCACCGUGGCGUACUCGGUGUCGCAGGACCACACGAUGCGCACUAUCGACCUGACGACAAGCGUCGUGGUCAGCACGCUGACGACGUCGCACCCGCUGCUCUCGCUGUGCGCGCUGGCGCGCUCGUCGUCGGCGCCGCUGCUCGCCGCCGGCACCUCGGCGCGCCACGUGACGCUGGUCGACCCGCGCUCGAGCGCCACCACGACGUCCGUCAUGACGCUGCGCGGCCACACCAACAAGGUGGUCGGCCUCGCGCCGUCGCCCGACAACGAGUACUCGCUCGUGUCGGCGUCGCACGACGCCACCUGCCGCUUGUGGGACCUGCGCAGCGUGCGCCCGGCCACCAAGGACGAGGGGCUUGGCAGCGUCAGCGAGCCCGUCUACGUCAUCGACCGCGAGAGCCGCCAGGGCAGCAAGAAGAAGGCGACGGCCGCCGGUGACGGCUGCAAGGUCUUUGGGGUCGCCUGGGACAAGCUCGGCAUCUUCAGUGCUGGCGAGGACAAGAAGAUCCAGAUAAAUAGGGGGAAGGACGUGGCGGUGUAG